GACAGCUCGGAAGAUCACCAGUCAGUCAGUGUCGUGCCGGUACUUCGGCUCUUCGGUAGUGCAAUAAAGCUGUUGGUUUGGAACUAGAUUCCGGUGUUGUGUGACUUGUGAGCUCGACUAUGCAACGAAAAGAAAGUGCAACCAUGAAACUGCUCCCACCGCCUACCAGCCUCCGGCUGCCGCUGUCCAUUCCGGAGAAGGUGAUGAUGGGUCCAGGUCCCUCGAACUGCUCGAAGCGUGUCCUUGCGGCGCUGCAAAAUACAUCACUCAGCAAUUUUCACGCCGAACUUUUUCAAGUGAUCGACGAAGUCAAGGACGGCCUACGGUACAUUUUUCAAACCGAAAGUCGUACCACGAUGUGCGUAAGUGGCUCCGCCCACAGCGGAAUGGAGGCUUUGCUGAGUAAUUUGUUGGAAGAUGGUGACCGUGCACUAAUUGCGGUCAAUGGCAUUUGGGCGGAACGUGCCGCCGAAAUGGCUGAUCGCUACGGAGCGGAUGUACGGACACUGAAGGGAGCCGACGAUAGACCGUUUCCUUUGGAGGAUUUAAAGAAAGCAAUAGAACAGCACCAGCCCAAGGUUCUGUUUGUGACGCAUGGCGAUUCCUCCAGUGGACUGCUACAACCACUGGAAGGUCUUGGGAAGAUUUGUCACGACAAUAACUGCUUACUGCUGGUGGACGCAGUGGCUAGUCUUUGCGCGACGUCUUUCUACAUGGACGCCUGGGAAAUCGACGGAGUCUACACGGGAUCACAGAAGGUCUUGGGAGCACCGCCCGGUCUUACGCCUAUUUCAAUCAGUCAGAAAGCACUAGAUGUAAUUCGAUCGAGAAAAACGAAACCGAAAGUAUUCUACUGGGACCUGCUUCUUCUCGGCAAUUAUUGGGGCUGCUAUGAUGAACCAAAAAAAUACCACCACACGGUUUCCUCUAAUCUAAUAUUCGCACUUCGCGAAGCCCUUGCACAAAUAAUCGAGGAAGGUCUGGAGAAUGUAAUCAAGCGUCGGCAGGACUGUGCCCAGCAUCUUUACCGUGGCCUGGCUAACAUGGGUAUGGACAUUUUCAUCAAAGACCCCCAGCAUAGGCUAUCUUCAGUGACUGGAAUUAUGAUCCCCAAGGGGGUCACCUGGUGGAAAGUUUCACAAUACGCAAUGAAGAACUUUUCACUGGAAGUUCAAGGUGGCCUCGGACCAACAUGGGAAAAGGCGUGGCGUGUUGGCAUCAUGGGCGAGUGCUCGACUGUACAGAAGAUCAACUACUACUUGUACUCGUUUCGGGAAUCACUGAAGGCAACUCAUCCAGACUACGCAUUCGACGAGCGGAAUGGUUAUCACUAGGCAAGAUUAAGUGUUGCGCUGGCUGCAAAACAAAAAUGAAAAUAAUUAAGAUUCAGGUUGUUUAUUUUGCGGGAAUUUAUACAUUUUGGAAGUCAUUUAACUAUUACCUAAUCAAGUGUACAAUGUAUGUUGAAGUGCAAAGUGUAUGAGUUUGCAUUGAAUUAUUGACUUAGAAAAACUGAAGAAUUGAAAAGUAAAUAGAUUAUUCUCAAGGAAAGUAAU